AUAGUCUGCUGGAAUUGCAGAGAGCUGGGAGGAGCAGGGCUGGGGAGCUUGCCAUGUGCUGAAUGCUGUACACUGGAUUUUUUUCCUCUUUCUUAGCACACAGGGAUUGGUGGCUGCUAUAACAGAGUCAAGGCAAGACCAUCCACUUUUGGACUUUUUCCUUCUCCCUGCCCUUCUACAAAGAACCAGAGCAGGACUCUGCAGGUCUGUGGAGAGGGACCUGGGAAGUGACACUUAAUGACCCAGGGAUAGGAUGCACUUGGUUUGAGGCUUGCCACAUGGAGGCAAUUAUAUUCCUUGCAUUCCAGCUCUGUGAUUCUUCCCCCAUACAAGGCUGACUGCAAUCCCUGCAAGAACUCCUCAAUGCACUGGGAGGCACUUAAACUGAGUCCCAACUCCAAAGCUCAGGACCUGUCUUGGACUAAUGAAUAAAAAUGCCAAGUUUCCUCAUUUCCUUCCUGGGUCUGUGCUAUGUACUUGGAGUGUUAGCCCAGACAGAGAUUACACGUGUAGCUGAGGAGAACGUGACGCUCCCCUGUCAGCAUCGCCUGGGCUUACUUGGGGAACAGAGCUUGGAUAUUGAAUGGCUGUUAAACCAUUCAGAGCAGAGAAAGUCCGUGCUAAUCAGUUACAGCGCUGGGAGAAUCUACGAAGGCGAGAAUGCGCGCGGACGUUACAGCUUUGCCUCCAAUUUCCUUGCCGGAGAUGCUGCAAUACUUAUCACAUCUUUGCAACCCAGUGAUGCGGGACAGUACAUCUGCAAGGUGAAGAACGCUGGGCAAUAUGAAUGGAAUCACAUUAAAUUAAAGGUUUUAGUUAAGCCGUCAGAGCCGGAAUGCCAGAUAGACGGAGAGCUGUUGGCAGGAAAAUCUAUAACCUUACUCUGCAACACAUCAGCUGGCACUGCGCCCAUCUCCUACCGCUGGCAACGGAUGAAAUACAGAGAGGACGUAACGGUGGCCAUGCCAAAAACCGCCCGCAUUGAUAAUCCGCAGCGACUCAUGUUGCAGAAUCUCACCAUAGCUGACAAUGGAUCGUAUCUCUGCGUGGUGAGCAACGACGCGGGCAGGAGGAGUUGUAGCUUGCAUCUAAUAAUAAAAUCGGAUACAAUCAAUGUGGGAUUCCUGGCCGGGGUCACAUGUGGGGCUGUGGCAAGCGUCAUCCUCGUAUGUAUUGCACUUUGGCUCCUGUUUCGAAAGAAAGAGCUGAAGAAACGCGAAGAGGAUGAAUUCCUUAAUGAAAUUAGGGAGGAUGCAGAGGCCCCCAAAGCUCGCCUUGUGAAACCGGGAUCGUCGUCCUCUGGUUCCAGAAGUUCCCGCUCAGGAUCUUCAUCCACGCGGUCUACAACCAACAGUGCCUCUCGCAGUCAGCGGACACUCUCCACCCAGGAAACAGCUCCCGGAGAGCCAAGGCACCACUGUCUGGACCAGAUCUAAAGGGAGACAGGAUGACAAGGGUGAAAGGGAAAAAGAAUGUACAUGAUUUCCAAGCGCCAUUUAAAAAACUAAUUUCGGUUCUGCCGGAUCUGGACACGUCUUAUUUAGGAUGCCAUGGUCACAUUUUAUGCCAUUUCUGACCACAUUUGGUUACUUUCCUUCACUAUGUCACCAGUAGAGACAUUGCACCUUGUUUAAAAAAAAAAAGAAAGAAAAAAAAAAAAUCACGAUUUUUAAAGACUUUAGACGUGAAGAAGAUCCAGAAAGGCUUUUACACUGAAUGAAGACGGCAGAUAGAAUAUGAACGAUGGAAAGGGAGUGUAAGCUCCUAUGCUUGUUUUGUGUGAAUAAUUUAUAUACCGCAAGUCAGCAUAGAGGAGAUUAUUCAUUAUGUGGAAUUAUUUAGCAAUGUGAAUUUUUUGUAAAACAAAAACUCUCCAGCAAUUUUACAAUGAAGGUACACGUUGACGUAUCCUUUGUGGGAAGGGUAUUUUCUUAUAAUUAAUAUUUUGAUUAUUUUUGACACCUGGUACGGAAGAACAUAAUCUUCUGGAAUAAAUGUGAGUGAAGAAGCUCUUUUAGUUUCAAGGAUGGCUUCUUUCAAAAUCGUCUUAGUGAAAAGACGUCCGAGCUCGUUCACUAUUAUUCCUUCGAGGUAUGAAUUAAGACAACCCAUAGAGCAGGGUUGCCCAGCUCCCUCCUCUGAAUGGCCCCAAGAAGUCUAAUUAAACCAUGGUUUAAUUUGCGUUACAUGAUGGAAAAUGUUCUAAGACGACGGUUCAGAAAAUAUAUUUUUGAAAAUAAACAAACAAACUUGCAGACAUGAACAUGUGCAAUGUGCCACUUGUAUUACAGAAGAUUCCAUAGAAUAUUUUUACCGUGGGCUCCAAAAAAAUAACAAAGACCUAGCUCUGAGAGAAGAUUUGGAGACCUUAAAAUUAGCCAAAAGGAAUUGAUUUAAGUCUCCUUUAAAACAGGCCUCUUAGGGUUCCUGGAAGUUAUAAUUGAAGAGGCUUUCUCUAUACAUGGGACUUGUAUAUCUGUUGCAGCCCUGAUCCCCUAGACCCUUGUAACAGGAGUUACCAUCCCUACAUGUCCCGUCUGUAUAGCAUGAUCACCUAAGCCAGGCGUAGACAACCUUCACACUCCAGAUGUGAAGGGCUACAUCUCCCAUGAUGUUUUGCCAGCAUUAUGGCUGUAAAUGUCCUGUAUAGCCUGAUUCCCUCGGAUCUUUUGAAAUGUUGUUUCCCUCUCUUAUAUCCAGAAAUGGUCCAUGAAGAAGGAAUGAGCUAGUAUCAGGGGACAGGGUAUCUGACCGUUUUUACAAGGGUUUGACAGUGGGUCGUAAUGCUGAAAGAAGGGAUUCGAUUAUCAAAAAUACUUAGGCCCAAAAGGUCACUAGUUGGAGACGGAUUGACUAAAAAUGGUAUCGAACAUCUGUGCUGAGUAUUUUAUUUAGAGCUCUAUGGAGGU